UUCUUUGGUGCUCUGAGCUGUCUGUCAAUUUCAAAAUCAAAAUGCCUUGAUUUUAUUUAAUUUUAAAGGCUUUGAAGGUAUUAUCUUUUAAACUACGAUAUAAGAAUCAUAUUAUUAAAGUAGUUCUACUUGAGAAUAAGUACUUGUGCAAGCUAUUAAACUAUCAACAUUAUUGCGAUAUAAUAAAUUACUUAAAUAAUUGACCAUGGCCACUAAACAGAAGAAUAUUUUUACUAGAAGUAAACCUUUGAUGAACAUUUACAGUGGAGUGGAUCAGGAAGGCAAAGAGGUGGAAGUACGUGAAGAUGCAGAGCAGCUUGUUAAAUGGCAUGAAAUAUCAGAUGCACUAGUAGCUGCCGGGUACUAUAGGGCCCAAUUACAGGGCUUGUCAUCUUUUGAUAAAAUAGUUGGUGGUAUCACAUGGUGUAUUGAACUGUGUGAUAUAGAUGUUGAUAUUAGUUUAUUGUUUGAGGAGAAUCUUACCAUUGGGAAAAAGAUAGCAUUAACAGAGAAAAUAGUAAAAAUUCUACCAAGUAUGAAAUGCCCUUACAUUAUUGAACCACAUCAAAUACAAGGAUUAGAUUUUAUCAACAUCUUCCCACUGAUCCAGUGGUUGAUAAAAUACUCAAGUGAAUUCAGAGAAGCUAAAGAAGAUGAGCUGCGAAAGUUUGCUGUGAUGCAAUAUGAAAAAGAUCAUAUAUUUGAAUCUGAUCGUGCUAGUUACAUCCAAAAUGAAAAGCUAUUGAGGAAUCUUGUUAUUGUUCAGAACUUAUACAAACCAUGUAGAGUGAGGAAACGGAAAGGCGCCUUCCCUACCAAUGAGUUGGAGCAAGUGAAUGGAGUGUUGUCCGAGUACGACCAACGGAUGUUGAUGCAUGUGUCUAACCACAAGGAUAAGGAGAAACAGGAUGAGGGGCUUGAUUUCCUGUAUGAUUAUGAAAAAAGUCUGGCUGAUCCUUCUGAUAUGACAACAGAAACUGACAUGUUUUCUGAGGACAAAGAGAACAAAGACAUAGCCAAUACAAAAAUCCAUUAUGCAGUUCUACAUUCAGAACUAACUGGAGACGUCCCCAAAGAGUUAGAGCAGAAAGAGAAGAACAAAUAUUCCCAAGACAUUGAGAGAUUAACUAAAAUUAUUGAGACUAUGGAGAUGGAUAUAGAUGUAGUUCGUAAAGACCAUGAGGCAAGAAUGGAUAGUGCUAAGGCGCAAUAUGCGGAUAUUAUAAAUAGUUUGCAGACAAUAACUAAAAAGUUAAUGAAAACUGAUGAUUAUAGUGAUAAAAAUGUUAAAGAUAUUUAUAAGUCAUUGAAAGAACUAGCGAAGGAGAGAAAUGAACUGUUAAAAUUAAUUGAACACAGAGAAAAGGAACAUAGGAAAUUGGAAGAGCUAUUGAGAACUGCCAAAGAACCCGACAUGGUUGUGGAAGAGCAACCAUUAACUCCUGAAGAAUUGAAAGAGUUCCAAGACAGAGAGAAAAAGUUGAAAGAUUACAUCAGUGGUGUGCGAGUGGAGCUGGGGCACUUGAACAGACAAGUGUUGCGUUACUCGGUGGCUAUAGACGAGGUCCCGGGCACGGCGGAGCUGCUGCAGUACGAGAAGAGGUUCGUGGAGCUUUACAACCAAGUUGCGUCAAAGCAUAAGGAAACCAAGCAAUACUACAUAUUCUAUAACACUCUGUACGAAGUUAAACUCUAUACCUCCAAAGAGCUGAGUCUGUUGAAUUCUAUCUUAGAUAAUUAUGAUGAGGUGAUGUCAUCGGCACGGAAGAGGGAAGAGUUCAUGGUCCAGUUUGAGUCAAUAGUGGAAUGGGUGAACCAAACAGUCAAGAAAGUCGAACAAAAGUACAAACAUGAAAAGGAACAGAAAGCAGCGCUACACGCAGAAUAUUCUAGACUCAUGGACGUGCAAAGACAGUAUGCUGCUGCCUUGAAGAAGUUGGCAGAAGAGAGACACAAGUUUGGUAGGGACGAACCUUAGUUGUAUGGAACUGAUAAUGUCCUUUCGACCGAAUUUCGGCCACGGCGGCCUACCUCUACAGAGAUUUACCGUUUUUGCUCGAGAUAUUACAUUGUACAAGUAAUGUAUGCAAACAGGUGCACUUAUUGCCUUACUUUUCUCUUAAGUCUUUUCCUUUAGUCCAAUGGGUCGGUAAUCCGACACGACCGGAGAGAGAUUAGAAUUAGAUGUUCUCCGAAGCACGGAACACUGCCAAAUUCUCAACUACGGGCUGCUAGGAGAAUUCCGUGACCGAAAAACCCAAUGCUUACCUAUUUUUGGCCUAACCUGAGAGUCGAAUCCAGGACCUCGUCUUCCGUAAUCGAAACUAAGUACUAGACCAACGAGGCAUUAUGGAAUUGAUUUAGUGCAUGCUAAAAUGCUAAACAAGUAGACAAAUCUGGGCACGAGGUGUAUAACUGCGCAUUGUACAAAAACAGAUACCUAGGUGGGCCUGUGUAUUUGAUCCCCAGACUAUGGCUAAAAUCUAUAGAGCGACUUGGACUACGCUCAGACUUAAGUUUCAAUUAAAUCGAGACAGAUUUAUGCCAGCUAUAUAACUCGUCUCGCUGUCUCGUUUUAACAGUGUCUUAAAUCUGAGCAACGUCAAAGUGCGCUCUGUAGAUUUCAGCCUAUGACCAGCGCAGACCGCCAUAUUGCAAAUUCAGAUUGGACGACUUGUUUUGCGAUCAUUGUACUAUUUGUAAUCGAUUAACAAUAUUUUAUUGUCCGCUUACGAUACUUUUUUCGUCAGCUUACUAAUUUGCCAAUGUUACUAGAUUAUUAACUAGCGAUGCUAUGACUAUACAAAUGACUAGACCUAUCUACUUUGUAGUUAGCUUUGCAGUCAAAAUAACUAUAAAUAAUUAGUUAUUAAGUUAACUAAAAACUCAUCCAUUCCAUAUUAUAUUUGAAGACUGAGAUAAACUUGUUUUGUAUUUAUGCACUUUUGUAUGAGGAUUAUAAAAUAAAAUUUAAACAUGACGUAAGCAUUA